GUUAAAUUAUAUAUCUCCCUUUUCUAAGGAUACGAAAACUCCAAAAGUAAUAUUUACCUUACUGAUUGUGAAGUUCACGAGAUCAGUUUGAAUUAUCCAGGUUUUCGGCUAGUCUAUUAUCACAUCCUACUAUGCGACGUAUAAGUGGCGUAAAUACAAUUUGUUGAAGUUGAUAUUUUCAAUACAAACCUAUAUACCUCACGAAUCAUGGGUUCUAACGACGUUGCAUCUCUUGUCAACCCGUUACAUCCUACUCUAGUCGAGAGGCUCGACCCGGCCUUUACCGAGAUCUACGUUCGCUACCAAGCACCCAGACUACGAGCUGAUCAAGUUUCCUACGAAGAGUAUAAUCGUGACCGAAAGAAAUACGACUUCCCGACAGCUAAAGUCGCCGGUCCGGCGCCAGACGUAGCCAGCACCAAGAUCUACCAAGUUCCCGUCUCGAAUCCUUCUGGUGAAAUAGCUAUACAGGUGUACGUGCCUACACCAGAAGCAAUCAUCAGUGCUGGACUUGAACGGCAAGGCUUGCUUCCAGCACUCGUGAACUUCCACGGCGGUGGUUUUGUAAUCGGAGGUCUAGACUCGGAUGAAUCCCUGUGCCGGAAGAUCUGCCAGAGGGUUGGCUGUAUUAUAGUAAACGUCGUCUACCGACUUGCUCCAGAAUAUCCUCACCCAGUAUCGGCAACAGAUAGUUGGCAGGCGCUGAAAUGGAUAUUUAAAAAUGCAGAUGCGUUGAAGAUAGAUCCCUCACGCGUAGGAGUCGGGGGACUCUCCGCAGGAGCGUGUAUUGCGGCAGUUCUCGCGUUACAGGCUCGGGAUGACCCGAGUUUACCACGUCUUGCCGUGCAAUUGCUCAUCGUGCCGGUGAUUGACGCAAGAUUCGUCCCGAAGGAGGGUUCAUGUGACCCUACGAAGACGCCGUAUAGGAGUUACAUCGACUUCGAGUUCGCGCCGAUGUUACCUCUCAACCGUCUAGUAUGGUUCUAUAACUUGUGGCUGGGAACGGAUGAAAAUCGCGAAGAGAAGGCCAAAGACUUCCGUGCGUCACCAAUCGUCGCCGAUUCGCAUGUCAAUCUAGCACCGGCUAUCAUCCGUUGUGCUGAGAUCGACCCACUGGUCUCAGAGGGGAUUGCGUAUCAUGAGAAACUAACAGCAGCUGGAACUCCCAGUAAAAUUAAAGUCUAUAAGGGACAAGGACAUCCGUUUGGACAUUGGGAUGGAUCUAACCCAACGUCAAAAGAGUUUGUUACUGAUUGUGUCAAUGAGCUGAAGGCUGCCUUUGCUAAGAAUUAACGAGCCUUUCUUGCCCCUUUGCUAUUAGCAUAUAUUACAAUGAAGCACAAAUGUUUGGUGGAUACAAGUUAUUUACCUGUCUUAUGAGAUUUGGCUGUAUAGUUGGUUGGUAGUGUAGACUCACUCUUCCUCAACACAGACUGUGUUUAAUAGACUUACUAAGCAUCUAUAGGUAUUUAACUAUAGCAACUUGUCACUAUAUGCCUUUUGAUUAGAAUAGCUAGAGCUGUUCAUCGAACAUCAAUUAUAAACAUCGAC